AUGCGCUUACUACCAGUUUUUUUCAUUCCAUUGCAACAAGUGCUUCUUCAUCGUUCUUCUUCAUCGUCAAGUGUCUCUAUUCCAACUACUGUGAUUUCUUCAUUGUCAUCGAGUAAAACAUCAAUUUAUUCAUCUCCAAGUUCGUCGGCGUCAUCUUCUCAAACUCUUAGACCAACUACUUCCAUCUAUACGACAUCAAAAGCUCGCAGCUCUCAAGUAUCAAGUAGUUCCGUGCAACCUUCGACAAGUCUUUACUCCUCUUCAAGAAGUUCCUCUUCAUCGUCAAGUGUCUCUGUUCCAACUACUGUGAUUUCUUCAGUUGCAUCCAGUAGUUUAUAUUCCUCAAGUUCUAUUAAAACAGCUACGCUUUCCUCGACAGUGUCUGCGUCUUUAAGCUCUUCGUUUUUAUCUUUUUCAAGUCUUUCAAAUUUCCCAGUUAUAGGAUCCUCUGGUGUAAUACAUAUUUCCAGUUCAAAGACUACAUCAUCGGUUUCGGUAGUUGUGUUAACAACAAUCAGUAAAGGUUUUACUAGGCCUCUUCCUCCUGUUCGAACUACUGUGAUUUCUUCAUUGUCAUCGAGUAAAACAUCAAUUUAUUCAUCACCAAGUUCGUCGGCGUCAUCUUCUCAAACUCUUCUACCAACUACUUCCAUCUAUACGACAUCAAAAGCUCCCAGCUCUCAAGUAUCAAGUAGUUCCGUGCAACCUUCGACAAGUGUUUACUCUUCUUCAAGAAGUUCUUCUUCAUCGUCAAGUGUCUCUGUUCCAACUACUGUGAUUUCUUCAUUGUCAUCGAGUAAAACAUCAAUUUAUUCAUCAGCAAGUUCGUCGGCGUCAUCUUCUCAAACUCUUCAACCAACUACUUCCAUCUAUACGACAUCUAAAGCUCCCAGCUCUCAAGUAUCAAGUAGUUCCGUGCAACCUUCGACAAGUGUUUACUCUUCUUCAAGAAGUACUUCUUCUUCGUCAAGUGUCUCUGUUCCAACUACUGUGAUUUCAUCAUUGUCAUCGAGUAAAACAUCAAUUUAUUCAUCAUCAAGUUCGUCGGCGUCAUCUUCUCAAACUCUUCGACCAACUACUUCCAUCUAUACGACAUCAAAAGCUUCCAGCUCUCAAGUAUCAAGUAGUUCCGUGCAACCUUCGACAAGUGUUUACUCUUCUUCAAGAAGUACUUCUUCUUCGUCAACUGUCUCUGUUCCAACUACUGUGAUUUCUUCAUUGUCAUCGAGUAAAACAUCAAUUUAUUCAUCACCAAGUUCGUCGGCGUCAUCUUCUCAAACUCUUCGACCAACUACUUCCAUCUAUACGACAUCAAAAGCUCCCAGCUCUCAAGUAUCAAGUAGUUCCGUGCAACCUUCGACAAGUGUUUACUCUUCUUCAAGAAGUGCCUCUUCAUCGUCAAGUGUCUCUGUU